AUGUCUUCACGACAACUCGAAGUACUUCGACUCUAUCGAGAUUUGCUUCGAUAUAGUCAAACAUUAAAAUACACUGAUGUAAAUUUUUAUUUAACAAGAAUUAAACAAGAAUUCGCAAAAGGAAAAACAUUAGAAAAUGAAGAUGAUAUACUUCGACAAAUAGCGAAAGGACGGGAAUUCCUAAGAAAUAAACGUCUCAUCUGA